AUGAGCCCAGAUUUAAUCUCCACCCAGAGUCCGACCAGAGUCCGACCAGAGUCCAAACGGAGUCCGACCAGAGUCCGACCAGAGUCCACCCAGAGUCCGACCAGAGACCAAACGGAGUCCGUCCAGAGUCCAACCGGAGUCCGACCGGAGUCCAACCAGAGUCCAACCAGAGUCCGACCAGAGUCCGACCGGAGUCCGACCAGAGUCCACCCAGAGUCCACCCAGAGUCCACCCGGAGUCCGACCAGAGUCCGACCAGAGUCCACCCAGAGUCCGACCAGAGUCCGACCAGAGUCCGACCAGAGUCCACCCAGAUCCGACCAGAGUCCGACCAGAGUCCACCCAGAGUCCGACCAGAGUCCGACCAGAGUCCGACCAGAGGCUGACCGGAGUCCACCAGAGUCCACCCAGAGUCCGACCGGAGUCCGACCAGAGUCCGACCAGAGUCCACCCAGAGUCCGACCAGAGUCCGACCAGAGUCCACCCAGAGUCCGACCGGAGUCCGACCAGAGUCCGACCAGAGGCUGACCGGAGUCCACCAGAGUCCACCCAGAGUCCACCCAGAAGUCCGCCCAGAGUCCAACCAGAGUCCGACCAGAGUCCGACCAGAGUCCAAACGGAGUCCGCCCAGAGUCCGACCAGAGUCCACCCAGAGUCCGACCGGAGUCCGACCGGAGUCCGACCAGAGUCCGACCAGAGUCCACCCAGAGUCCACCCAGAGUCCGACCAGAGUCCACCCAGAGUCCAACCGGAGUCCGACCGGAGUCCGACCAGAGUCCGACCAGAGGCUGACCGGAGUCCACCAGAGUCCGACCAGAGGCCGACCGGAGUCUGA